AUGGUUACUAAUAAUGGCAGACCAUUUUGUGCAGUUGAUGAUUCAGGUUUUAGAAAAAUUAUCAAUCCUCUGUUAGUACAAUUUGGACCUGAAUACACUAUUAACGUGAAAAAUGUAAAGGAGAAUAUCAUAACAAAAGGGAACCUAAUUAUAAAAAAUAUAAGCGAGGAAGUAAAGGGAAAACUUCUCAGCUUAAAAUUAGAUUGUGUAACUCGGCAAAACCGUUCGAUACUAGGGAUCAAUGUCCAGUACAUGGACAAUAAUGAUGAGGUGGUUCUGAAGACUUUGGCGAUGACACAAAUCGACGUUAAACAUACUUCGGAAAAUUUAAAACAUGCGGUCUGUGAAGUUUUAAAAAAAUUUAAUAUUACCAAAAAUCAAAUUUUUUCUAUAACAUGUGACAACGCAAAUAAUUUGGUUAAAUUAACAAGGAUUUUGAGAGAACCUGAUGCUACUGAUUAUACAUACAGCGAAUCUGAUGAUGGUGAAUCUGAUAUGGAUAAUGUUAAUGUAGAUGCCAACGAUGUUACAGACGGUGAACCAGAUAGCUCAGAGGAAAUGGAAACACAAAUAUUUGAAGAUGUCAUGUUGGAAACUUUCACACCCGACCCUGAGCCACUAACCAAGUGCAUUCGCUGUAGUGCACACACAGUUCAGUGCUGUGUCAUUGAUGCGUUGAAGUUAGAGUCAGUUCAAGAAAUAUUGAAAAAAGUCAAAAGUAUUGUUAAAAAGUUAAGAACAAGAACAUUUAUGGUAAAACUAAAGAAAAGAGGCCUAAAAAUGCCAAAAAUCGACAUUGAGCCAAGAUGGAAUACCUCGUAUGACAUGCUGGUUCGAUUCUUGGAGCAUAAAACUUUUUGUCAACACAGAGAAGAUAAAUAUCCUGAACUAAAGUUGGAUGAAUGUGAUUGGGUUGCAGUCUCGGGCAUUGUCAAAGCUUUAUAA